AUGAUCUGUGGGGAAGACUAUGACACUGAUUCACCAGUCAGCGGAAGAAACCAGGAUAUCCGUAGUUUACAGAACUCAGAGAUUAUAGGACAUGACAGUGUAGAGGAAACAUUCAGUGCUCCCCAGAAAGUAGAAGAAAUAGAGUUGGGUCAUGCAGCUGUGGAAGGAGAUAGCCUUGACACCCAGGGACACCUAAGUCAUCAGCAUUUUGGGCACCAUGACAGUAGAGAACCACAUGUCAAUGAAGGACAGAGAUUUUACAGGGAUAUUGACCAUCUCCAUCUGUUACUUCUUUUGGCAGAUGCGAAUGGCAAGGAAAUGCAAAGUGGAAACCAGACUUCCGUGUCUCACUUCAUUUUGGUGGGUCUGCACCACCCACCACAGCUGAGGGUGCCACUCUUCUUAGCCUUCCUUGUUGUCUACCUCCUCACUGUCUCUGGAAAUGGGCUCAUCAUCCUCACUGUCUUAGUGGACAUCCGGCUCCACCGUCCCAUGUACGGGUUCCUGUGUCACCUCUCCUUCUUGGACAUGACCAUUUCCUGUGCUAUUGUCCCCAAGAUGCUGGUUGGUUUUCUCUUGGAUAGUAGGAGUAUCUCCUUUGGGGGCUGUGUAAUCCAACUGUUUUCUUUCCAUUUCCUGGGCUGUACUGAGUGCUUCCUUUAUACACUCAUGGCUUAUGACCGUUUCCUGGCCAUUUGUAAGCCCUUACACUAUGCUACCAUCAUGACCCGAAGAGUCUGUAACUCCCUGGCUUUAGGCACCUGGCUGGGAGGGACUAUCCAUUCACUUUUCCAAACAAGUUUUGUAUUCCGGCUGCCCUUCUGUGGCCCCAAUCAGGUCAACUACUUCUUUUGUGAGAUUCCUGCCAUGUUGCAUCUAGCCUGUGCUGAUACCACCAUCAACAAGCUGAUCACCUUUGUGGACAUUGGCUUCCUGACCCUCACCUGCUUCGUGCUCAUCCUCACUUCCUAUGGCUACAUUGUGGCUGCCAUCCUGCGAAUCCAGUCAGCAGAUGGGCGCCGCAAUGCCUUCUCCACGUGUGCUGCCCACCUCACUGUUGUCAUUGUUUACUAUGUGCCCUGCACUUUCAUUUACCUGCGUCCUGACUCACAGGAGCCCCUGGAUGGGGUGGUAGCUGUCUUUUACACUGUCAUCACUCCCUUGCUUAACCCCAUCAUCUACACACUGCGUAACAAAGAGAUGAAGGCGGCAUUACAGCGACUGGGGGGCCACGAGGAAGUGCAGCCUCACUGA